CUGCCGAAUUUUGCAAAAAAAAUCGAGAUCUAUCUUUUUUUUAGGGUUUUGGAUUUAAUAAUAAAUUUCAUAUUGGUUUGGUAUUAUUGCACACUAACAAUACGUGAGGCUAUUUUGAGCAUCAAUGGAUCAAGAAUUAAAGGUUGGUGGAUGAUGCAUCAUUACGUGUCAUCUGUACUGGCCGGUAUCACUGUGACAUGGGGCGGUGGAGAAUGCUAUCAGAAUAUUCGUAAACAAUUUGUUAUUUUCUACUUCUAUCUCUCCGUUGUUCAGUUGCUGCAGUGCCGCUACCAGACAGGCUGUUUACGUCGUUUACGUGCACUUGGUCAACGUCAUAGCAUGGAUAUAAGUGUCGAAGGAUUCAGCAGCUGGAUGUUCAGAGGACUUACUUUUCUCAUACCAUUUCUUGUGCUUACAUAUAUUUUCCAGUUCUUCAAUGCAUAUAAAUUGUACUAUUUAUCGCAGCUACCAGUAUGUUCCGGUCAAUGGCAGGUUCCCGCACUGGCGUUCGGAUUCCUCCUGGUGGCCUGCUGUAACGUGUUCACUCUGCUGGCUGUACUUAUCAAUAAGUGGAGGCAAGGUGUAGCACUGCGUAGCAAACGUCAAGCCGAGCCACCGAGCAAAAUGCAGUGAAA